UUUCUGCACGCACACCACAGAAAGGAGUUUUACUUGCCACAUCCUGCACCUGACAGCAACGGAAUUGGACAACAUGGUCCCUUUUCUGUAUUUUUCUAUUGAGACGUGGACUUUAAUAGCCAUUGUCAUCACUUUACUGGCAGUAUAUGGAACUGCCCCAUAUGGCAUUUUCAAAAAAUUAGGAAUCAAAGGUCCCAAACCUUUACCCUUUAUUGGGACAUUUCUAAAUUACCGGAAGGGCAUCCAUUAUUUUGACUUGGAAUGUUUUCAAAAGUACGGAAAAGUGUGGGGGUUGUAUGAUGGCAGACAGCCUAUCAUAGCUGUUAUGGACACCGCUAUGAUCAAAACCAUCUUGGUUAAGGAAUGUUAUUCUGUCUUUACCAACAGACGGGAUUUGGGCCUCAAUGGACCUUUAAGGGAUGCCGUCUCAAUAGUAGAGGAUGAGGAUUGGAAGAGGAUCCGCAGUGUACUCUCGCCGUCAUUCACAAGUGGCCGACUGAAAGAGAUGUAUUCAAUAAUGCUGCAACAUUCUGGUACGCUCCUCAAGAGUCUUCAGAGGAAAGUAGAUGCUGAUGAAGUUAUUGAAGUCAAAGAAGUGUUUGGUCCUUACAGUAUGGAUGUUGUAACCAGCACCGCUUUCAGCGUGGACAUUGAUUCAAUCAACCGCCCCACUGAUCCAUUUGUGGCCAACAUUAAGAAAAUGACCAAGUUUGACUUCUUGAAUCCUAUGCUUGUGCUCAUUGUUCUCUUUCCGUUCCUGCGGCCACUGAUGGAGAAGAUGGACGUGUCUUUCUUCCCUGCCGACGUGUUGACUUUCUUCUAUAAUUUCCUACAGACCAUCAAAGCUGAUCGGAACCAAAAAAGUGACAAAAACCGAGUAGAUUUUAUGCAGCUUAUGGUGGACUCUCAGAGUUCAGGAUCCAGCAAAGAAAAUGCUAACAACCAAAAAGGUCUGACUGAUCAUGAAAUCCUCUCUCAGGCCAUGAUCUUCAUUUUUGCCGGUUAUGAAACAAGCAGCAGCUCACUAUGUUUCUUAGCUUACAACCUAGCAACUCACCCCCACAUCCAGAAGGCCUUACAAGAGGAGAUUGAUGAAACAUUUCCAGACAAGGUUCGACCGCGCUACGAGGACCUGAUGCAGAUGGAAUACCUGGAUAUGGUGAUGAACGAGUCAUCGAGGCUGUACCCUAUCGCGAAUCGAUUGGAAAGGGUAGCUAAGGCAUCUGUGGAAGUCAACGGUGUGACAAUUCCGAAGGAAACCGUUAUCAUGGUACCCGUUUACGCUCUACACCGUGACCCUUCUUUGUGGCCUGAACCAGAGGCUUUCAAACCUGAAAGGUUUAGCAAAGAGAACAAAGACAGUAUAGAUCCGUACGCCUUCUUGCCAUUUGGAGCAGGGCCGAGGAAUUGCAUUGGAAUGCGAUUUGCUCUCCUGAUGAUGAAGUUGGCCUUGGUGGAGAUCUUGCAGCACUUCAGCUUUGUCCCCUGCAAGGAAACAGACAUUCCGAUGGAGUUGUCAAUAGAUGGAUUUACAUCACCCAAGAAUCCUAUCAAAGUGAAACUUGUGCCAAGAGCGGCCAGAGCGGAUUGUACUGCAAGAGAAAUCUGAUUCUCUCUCUGUCUCUCUCUCUGUCUCUCUCUCUCUCUGUCUCUCUCUCUGUCUCUCUCUCUGUCUCUCUCUCUGUCUCUCUCUCUGUCUCUCUCUCUGUCUCUCUCUCUGUCUCUCUCUCUCUCUCUCUCUCUGUCUCUCUCUCUCUCUCUCUCUCUCUCUCU